AUGCACUCGCUACCCUCGCCGUUUCAGCUGUUCAAUCAAUCACCUCCAGUGUCAGCAGACUCGGUGGGCUUCGAAGGGGAUACCGGUCUUACAGGCUAUGGAUCAAAUCCCUCGCUUACGGAUACUCCAUUUGGUCAAGGGCUGAGAGAGCAUGCAGUGGAAUUUCAGCAUGAGAUGGCUGAGAAACGACCACGCAGCAGUGCCAGAGGACGAUUUGGCUGCAAGACAUGUCGUCAAAGGCACCUUAAGUGUGACGAGACUCGACCUAUCUGCGAGAAAUGCACAAAAGCAAAACGAGAGUGCCAUUGGAAUCAUGACCUCCGGCUACGGCACGACUCGAGAUCUUCGGCGCAUACUGUUCAACUUCCAAGUCAAUCUGGACCGAACGACCACUCAAGUUUUGAUCCGUGCUGGGCCAUCAGUAAGGAUCUGUUCGCGAAUCUGCCCUCAGACAUUUCUGGAAAUUAUAUCACAUCUAUAAGUUCCGCGCCGGACGCACAACCGCUCGAGAUCUUGAGUAAGCCUCUCGAGGCUUCCCUUUUUACGUUUUAUAUCAGCCAUGCAGGUCCUUGGCUGGAUAUCACAUCUCCAUCGCGUCAUUUCAGCUUGACAGUGCCGAGAUUGGCUCUCCAAAAGCCCGUAUUACUGUAUGCUUGUCUCGCUUACUCAAGCCGCACUCUUCUUCCUCGGUCAAGUUUGAACGACCAAUAUGGCAGUGCAUGUAUCAGACUUUUGAUUCCAAGGUUAUCUGACGAAAGCUACGUCAGCCAUGAUGAAACGCUACUUGCGACCUUGGUAAUUUUGCGACAUGUCGAACAAUACGCGGAUACCCUAGAGAACGAAGGGGCUCAUCUCUCCGGUGCCUUCAGCCUUAUUGCAUCUCAAAAGCAGCUUCCACCUCAGGACUCGUUGCCAGGAGCGGCUUUGUGGACGUACAUGAGACAAGAUGUCCGACAGGCGUUGCUUGCUAGAGCUUCGCCAAAAUUGACACCACGGUACGGAAUCAGACUUGACACGCUCACGUCGAUUGAUGAACAUGCAUGUCAAAGCUCCUGGGCAGACAGUGCAUGCCAUAUGGCCGCUAUGGCUUGCACAUUUGCUUGGGGAGGAGAAGAAGGUGAGGUGGAUGCGGACCAACUCGAGGUAAUGCUCGAUGUCUGGUUGGAAAACCUGCCGGGGGACUAUCAUCCAUUUUUCGCUUCUGGCAAUGUCGUUCGGUAUAUCGCCACAUGGCAUGUGGUCGCCUGGCAGUUCUAUCAUCUUGCCAAGGUACUUUUGAAGUUGUACAAUUCCAAAUGCCCUCGGGGUGUCGACGUCGUAACUUUCAACUCUCAGGUGGAAACGGAAAUUUUGCAUCACGCUAGAACUAUAUGCAAUAUCAGCUAUUCGAACCCGGAGAUCGGCUCACGCUUCAAUGCAUGCGCCAUUCUUGGAUUUAUAGGGACUUACCUACGGGACAGAGACGAGCAAUUGCAAUUGAUUAAGUUUAUGGAUGCUUUUAGCAAGCAAACGAAUUGGCCGACUGACACUGAUCGGAAAAGACUGGAAAGUUACUGGCACCUACGUUCUGACGAACCUCCCGUGGUUUAUGAGCACCUAUAG